GCGAUAAUAAAUGAUAGAGGAUACAAUGACUUUGCUGUCUCUGCUGGGUCGCAUCAUGCGCUACUUCUUGCUGAGACCGGAGACGCUCUUCCUGCUGUGCAUCAGCUUGGCGCUGUGGAGUUACUUCUUCCACACAGACGAGGUAAAGACCAUCGUGAAGUCCAGCCGGGACGCCGUGAAGAUGGUGAAGGGCAAGGUGGCCGAGAUCAUGCAGAACGAUCGGCUCGGGGGUCUUGACGUGCUGGAGGCCGAGUUUUCCAAGACCUGGGAGUUCAAGAGCCACAACGUGGCCGUGUAUUCCAUCCAGGGCAGGAGAGACCACAUGGAGGACCGCUUCGAAGUUCUCACUGACCUAACCAACAAGACGCACCCGUCCAUCUUCGGGAUCUUCGACGGGCACGGGGGCCAGACUGCAGCUGAAUACGUAAAAUCUCGACUCCCAGAGGCCCUUAAACAACAUCUUCAGGACUACGAGAAAGACAAAGAAAACAGUGUAUUGUCUUACCAGACCAUCCUGGAACAGCAGAUUCUGUCAAUUGACCGAGAAAUGCUAGAAAAAUUGACUGUAUCCUAUGAUGAAGCAGGCACAACGUGUCUGAUCGCUCUGCUCUCUGAGAAGGACCUCACCGUGGCCAAUGUGGGCGACUCUCGAGGGGUACUAUGUGACAAGGACGGGAACGCCAUUCCUUUGUCUCAUGAUCACAAACCUUACCAACUAAAGGAAAGGAAGAGGAUAAAGAGAGCUGGUGGUUUUAUCAGUUUCAAUGGUUCCUGGAGGGUCCAGGGAAUCCUGGCCAUGUCUCGAUCCCUGGGGGAUUAUCCACUGAAAAAUCUCAACGUGGUCAUCCCAGACCCAGAUAUCCUGACCUUUGACCUGGACAAGCUCCAGCCUGAGUUCAUGAUCUUGGCAUCAGACGGCCUCUGGGAUGCUUUCAGCAAUGAAGAAGCUGUUCGAUUCAUCAAGGAGCGCUUGGAUGAACCUCACUUUGGAGCCAAGAGCAUAGUUCUACAGUCGUUUUACAGAGGCUGCCCUGACAAUAUAACAGUCAUGGUGGUGAAGUUCAGGAAUAGCAGCAAAACGGAAGAGCAGUGAACCCCUCAGGGUCUCAGCUGCCCGAGACUAAUGAACUUUUCAACACACUGGUCUCUUUUAAUGUAGUGAAAGGUGUGGGAGUUACAGUUAGGCUCAUCCAUCCCAGACUUGGGUUCCCCCCUCCUGGCGGCCUUAGGUCUCCAUGCAGUGAUGCACAGAGGGUGCUCUUGGCCAAUGUAGUUGAGAGGCUGAAAAACGGUUUCUUCACGCUUUCCCAACUCUUCCAUCCAAUGUUCAAGAUAUAUAAAUAUAUAGCUGUAGAUUCACGUGUACGAAGUGAGCGGCAUAUGUGCCAUAUAUUCUCCCUUUUAGGAUUCUUUUCAUAAUCCCUUACCAGGCCCUCCAGGCAGGAGACUGGGUCCUCUUCUUGGAGCAGGGAGCAGGGCAGGCCUCCCAGAGCUGCACUGAGUCAGGGCCGACGUGGCCACAGCCUCUGCUGAAGGGCAGAGCUGUCCUGAGCAGGCUUUUCCUCCUGAGCCCAAGUUUCAGCAGCAGCCCAGGAAUAGGCUUGGAGUGGCUUAUGUGUGUGGCUGCUCUUGGAGACUGAGGGAAGCGGGGACGAUGAGAACUGCCUACACAGCAGAAAUAACCUUUUUCCCUUCAUCCCUUUAUUUAAAGCAAAGUUAAAUAGACUUUGUUACCCCCUGACCAGUCCUUGUGCAUUUUACCCUACUUGUGCAUGCCCUUAACCUUUUGCUUACACCCUACUUUACAUAAUAGGCAGCUGUUGUACUUUACCACUAAAUACUACAAUUUUUUGUCUUAUGUUACCAAGAAACCUCUUAGGGGAAAUGAAAAAGGCAAAUCACCAUACCAUAAUUCUUUCCAUCUUCACGGGUCAAUAGAGGAAAAUAAUGGAUGACUAAGUCACAGUGCCCUUGGGAAGGCUGCUGUUUGCACUGGGAGAGGAAGCUGGUGAGGUCACCACCCUGAACGGAGCUCCAGCUGCCAGUUUUUGUGCGGGUAUUUUUUUCUCUCCUAUCCAAGUAGCUUUCAAGGGUCUUUUGAGCAGUGUUCUGAGAAGCAGCAGCCUAGAACUGCAUGUGUGUUCCGUGAUGCCAAGUACACAGCUCCCAGAGUAGUUUGGAAUUUGGUGGUGAACUCCUGGGAGCUGCUUCUCCUUGACAAUGGAAAGGCAACAGCUUACCUAACCUUGUCUGUUUGCAAAUCACCGUCCACACUGGGGAGCUCUCACAGGCAGAAUCCCACUGCCUCAUUCGCCCCGCAUUCAGUGGCAGCCAAGCUGGUUGGGAAUUCAAGCUCUAAGCAGCCCAGAGUUAUUUUGGGGUCAGGCUUGCUGUUCUCCAUUUCCUAUCACCAAAGUCACAUUUCCAAUCGCCAUAUUUUAUAAGUUAAUUGACAGAAAAUGUUGGGACAUCCUAUUUGUCUGACUGAGGUGGCUCCAACAGCCAAACAAGAUUGUCGUUGCAUUCCCCCCACCCUGUGUCUGAAAUGCCAGGGUGUCCACUUGGUGUUAUCCGUCCCCAGUGGGCACUUGUUGAUAGAGCUUCUGUAAGGCCCCGUUCGCUGAGCACCUCCUGCCCACAGUGCCCUUCCCCUCCCCUUCUUCAGCUGGGAACGUUCCCGACACAGGUGCCAGGAGAGAACUCGGGAGGAUAAAAAGAUUCCCCUGCGGCGGCCAGGGACUACACUCUGUCUCGGUUCCUCCAGGCACUUGCCUUUCUUUGACUGCAGUGAGAAUUAAUAAUAGUUUCCCAAGACAUUUGCUUACUUUUGUAAACUGUAACAGAAUGUACAGUAUUAGAAUUAGAACUUUGGUUAUUUUUUGUAGUUAUAGGUGUUCUAGGAAAAAAGUAUCUGCCAGCAUUUUAGAUUCAAGUAUUUGCCCAUUGAGAGACACUGAACAUUUGGAUGUGUGUCUUUGGGGUGGGGGUUGGGAGAGGAAUGUGGGAAACAUGCUGGCUGUGAGCAGUGACGGGAUGGACAGGCCAGAUGGCCUGAGCUUCCUUAAAGACCUAGGACAUCCUGAUUCUGGAGUUACAAAAGCCCACCAUCUAACUGAAGUUCAGGAAUAAGCAGUUUCAGCAUUUUACAGUACACAGUUAACUUUCCUUUUUUAUUUUUAACUUAAUCCCAAAAUUUGUAAUGAGGGAAAGAUUUUUUAAUUCCAUGAACAUUGUUACAGUAUAAAUGAAAAUAGUAAUGUUUUGGUGAAGAUGAGAAAAAAAGCUACCAUAUUAGUUAGUGUUUAUUUACCCUGCAAAAUGUCUUACUAGAUGGUGCUGAGUGCCCAAGUGCAUGACUUGCCCUCUAAUUAACGUUCAUAAGACAUCUUCUAAAUUUUGCUUUGUAGAAUUAAUUCAUUUCUGACUUUAACCACAUAGUGCAUGUAUUCCCUGUUCCCUUUCUGCCUCUUUUCCUACCACUUUGGCUUGUAGAUCUUUAAAAGAUAGAAGCACUAAGCAAAAUAGUAGCAGCUUGACUAUUAGUCACGUCUAAAAUCAGAGUACUUUGCUCCCUUGCCCUGUCCUGGAUGGAGCUCUCUUGCGGACCCUUGUCAGCAGUUGAGGGUCUGCAGACAUCACCCCCAGUGUGCCCUGUGGCUCACUGGCCACUCCCAUUUUCCAGGGACAAAGGAAGGUUGAAUCUAGCCAUCAGAGAAAUCUGACUUGAGAAGUUUGCAUGUGAAUCUUCCCUAAACAGCACUGCCAAAGUUUUGGAAUUGUCACCCGAGGCUGCCCAGACUCCCUAGCCUGAGUUCGAAUUGCCAAUAGCCCCCAUGGUGCCAAAUUUUGGAAUGGUUUUACUGGCUUAGAAAUGAAGUUGGGUACGAAUGACCUUGUGCUUACGAGCCUCCAGCAAAAUGCCAAGCCCAGGUCCUCAUUUCACGCACUGCUCUGCUGCUGCUCCACUGGCAAUUUAUACUCUUAAAAUGGUAUGGGAAUUGCGGGGGUAAGGGGGGGACAAGGCAGGGAAAGUUUUUAAAAAAAUCAUUCAACUUGCAAUUCUCUAAUCUAAGGAAUGAACAAUACUAUGUAGAAAACUCCAGAGCUAGUCCCCAAGACCUGCACUUAUUUUGUGUGACCACCUUGCCCAAGGCCCUUAACUCUGAAGGCUCUGUUCUGAUCCAACAUGACCUUACCCACAUGUACACAUUACUGAUAACCAGUGGUUACAUCCUAUUCCUUGUCUUAGAUUGAAGGUCUUGGCCUCUUGAAUUUUGCCUAUGUAAUAAGGGUGUUACAGAGAGCUUUUAGAGAGUAAAGGAGCAAACACAAUCUGCAUAAUUUAAAACAGGCUUUAUUUCGUAGGACUGUAAUGAUUUCAACUAACAUUUUGUGCAAACAGGAUAGCAUGAGAGCAAUGGCAUCAUCAUUUCAAUCCUAUCUGAAGUAAUUCUGGAAAAUUGAUCACACUAUUGAAUCCUUUGCCAGGUAUAAUUUGAUUUUCUUUUUUUCCUUCCUGUGAGUUGUUGCCAGAUCUCUCUUGCAACUGUGUCAGUGCAGGUUUAGAAAGGCAACAUUUCAUUGUAUAUCUCAAGUAUAAGAAUACAUACUCUGGAUAAAGGUUUAUUUACCAAUGACUUCAGAAAUUUUUCCCUCCUUUUGUCCCAUCAUUAGACUUACUUUCCCUUAAUUAUCUCCCAGAUUGCCUUAGCUCAUCACACCAGCAUUCCUGACCCAGCUCUAUGGAAAUGAUACCAGCUGGGGCCAGCUGGGUCCCAUUUAAUUGCCUCUGGAUUAAGUUAGUGAUAUCCAGACUUUUAAAUUGGUUAGCAGAACACUGAAGGAGUAACAGAAUCCAGUGUUUCCCAAGUAUGUUCCACAGAACACAAGUUCCAAAGAUACUCUUUGAAAUACAGUGUUCAAAUGAGUUUGAGAAACAUACCAACUUAGAAAGUUAAUGCAUAUAAGCACAUCCAGGGUUCUAAUAAAAACGUCCUAUAGGGAGGAAGAACACAUCACAAAUGUAAUUUCAGUUAGCUCAGUGUUUUCCAGAUUAGAUUGACCACAGAAACAUUUCUAACAACUAGUAAUAUUCCAAGGAACUCAUGUUCCAUAAGACCCAUUUGGGAAAAUUCUGGUAUAUGGAAGUAUGACUGUUUUCUCAUUCACUAUGACUCUUAGAAGUAUCCAUACAAUUUGCAAGUUAGAAACACAAUCCUUUCACAGUUGAGGCUGACUGGUUAAUGAAAGCAGUGUUGCCAAGUAGUAUGAUUUAAUAUGACCUUCAGCAGUCUCACACUGAUAGCAGAAGACUAACAACCCUACUCGAUGCUCUAAACAUCAUCUCCCUUAUUUUAUGUGAAUAAUAAGCAAGAGCCUUGCCAUAGCUAGGAAUUUCUCAAAUUCAUUCUAAGAGCUUUUGGUUGCUUUUGUGAAGUUAUCUUUGCUUUCCAGAUUGAAUCAAAAUAAGUAUUUUUACAUUUCAUCACUAUGUGAGGGUAAAAAAAAAAUUGAAAAUAAUAGAAAAGAGGGGAAAAGGGAUAUGUGGUUUUAACUCAUUUUUAAAAUCUUAACGUUUUAAAAAUUAUCUGACAGUGGAACUAUUAACACUGUCUUCUGUUGCUCUUUCCAGAUUCAAUGAAACAAUCUGCCUAUCAAUCAAAGUCCAUUCGUUCUAAAAUCUCGGUCCUAUGUUGUCCCACCUUUCACAUUAUAUAUAUAGGAUUAAGUGUGGCAGGUUCUCUCUUGCCAAAGAUGUAAGACUUGACUGUAGCUCCAUAAUCAUCACACUCAGCCUGGGUAAUGUGUUUAGGAAGCUUGAGAGAUCAUCCCAAAAUAGCAAAUGAAACAAAUAUUGUCAAAAACAUGGUACAAAGUGAAUUUAGGGUAAGGUCAUUAAUUUUAAAAUCACAUCCCUGAUAUUUAGGAAUAACACCUGCCCUCUGGACAUUAUCCAAUAUAGCAAAAAACCGAAAGUGAAGUCACUUAGGCUAGGUGGCAGAUUGUGAAGGGGCAUGUGACAGUGACACUAUAAGGCUUCCAUUAAGUAUGUGCUUCUAAACAUGUUCCUAAUGUGUAAACUUUUUUGCUAAUACUUAAUAAUGUUGAUGCUUUGCCCAUUAUUUUUUUUAUUUUUACCACUGUUAAGCUGCAAACUGUUUAAUGAAGGGUUGAUUAUGGUAAUUUUUAUGUGUUUAGUAAUAACCACACCAUCAUUUGAACAAUCACUUUAAUAAAUCCAAGUAAGGACUUUGAAGAGAGAA